AUGGACGAUCCCAACAAUCCCACAAAUCCCAACGCCAGGGGCUCUGGCCCAUCGCUUUUAGCAUGCCUCCUCUGUCGACACAAGCAUCUCAAAUGCGACGGUCAAACCCCCGUCUGCGGACGCUGCCAGGUCACCAACAGCGAAUGCCUGUAUACCCCAAGCCGGCGCGGCUACAAAGGCCCCUCGAAGAAGCGACGUGCCAACCCGACGACGCCGGAACAGACAGCCACCGAUCUGGUUCCCUCGUUCGACCCUAGCUCCGUUGGGAUGCUCGAUCUUCCACCGAACUGGAGUUUGCAAAAUAGUGGAAUGCAAUAUGCCCCUGUGGCUCCUUUGCCGCCGUCGUCUAGCUCGCAGAGUCCGGUUUUCUUGACGGAUGUGUUGGGCGGCGCACAUACUCCCCAGCAACAACAGCAGCAGCAGCCGGUGCCGGGAUAUGGACCUAUGACGCCGGAUUCUGGGGCGUCGUUGUACUCGGGUGCUACAGAUGGGUAUCUGAUUGAUAUUUACUAUACCUACUUCCAUUCCGCUCAUCCGAUUCUACGCCCGUUUCGUUGUUUGGACCGUUCCAGAAUACCGCUGUUUCUCGAGAAUGUCAUCAAGUUUAUCGGGUCACACUUUACACCGGCAGCGUCUAGCGAGAUAUACCGUCCAACUGUGGUAUCGACCGCGAUGGAACAAGAACUAAGCAUAGAAAAGAUCCAGGCGCUCCUGCUGCUCGCAAUCGUGCUGCAUUCGCGCAACGAGCGGCCAGAGGCAGGCGAGUGCCUCACCAUGGCGACAGAUAUGGCAUUCGAAUUAGGACUCCAUCAGGCCGACUGUGCCAGCAGACUGGGCGGUGAGGAUCCGUUGCGCGAGGAGAGUCUACGUCGGACCUGGUGGGAGCUUAUUGUUGUCGAGGGCAUGCUGACCGCACUCGGUGUGCAAAAGGCUCUCCGUGCCGGCGCAAUACCACUAGAAGUCGGACUGCCAUGCGAAGAACGGAUCUUCCAGGAUGGACUGACUCCCCCAACCCCUCCAACCAUCGCCCAGUUUGACGGCCGUGUCUUCGCCGACGAAGAACGAGACUUCUCCUCAUACACAUACCGAAUCGAAGCGAUCCGCAUCCUAGGCCGCGUCGUGGCUAUCCAAGAAAUGAUUGAAGGCCAACAAGACCACGUCGAAGCCGCCGACGCCCGCAUCGCAAGCUGGUUCCACCACCUCCCCGAAAGCAAAGCCGAACUCAUGCGACCCGACGGCUCAGUCGAUGAGAUGAUGUUCCAAGCUACAAUGAUAGUCAAUGGCGCAGGUGUCUACCUACACUUCCCCCGCUCAGACCUUCUCUCCUCGCCUGCCGUCGCGGCGGAGGUUAUCUGCGGCCACCACGGCCCGCUCAGCAUCCCAGCCUUCUCGCACCAUGCGCACGCCAUGAAAGCCGUCAAAGCAGCCAGCGAAAUCUCAACCCUCGCCUCCAUCCGGUUGCCGGUGGUCAAACACACCCCAUUCUUCAUUUGCGCGCUCGUCCUCAGCUCCAUCGUGCAACUAGCCGCAUGCUCCGUCAAGGCGGGACAAAUGCCCGAUCCAGGCCGUGACAGACUCACGCUGACAAUCGGCGUGUUCAAGUCCCUGGCGAGGACAUGGGCGAUUUCACAGCUCAUCAUGAGACAAAUCAAGGCUGUUGCAAGGGAUGUUAUGGAUAUGGGUCUGCGGCCGACGAUGGACCAGUUGGAUUUGAAUACGGUGCUGGAUAAUAAUCGGUUUUGGUUGCCGGAUGCGCUGCCGAGAUGA